GCCGUAUUUUUUGCUUGACAAGUUUGGUCACACUGCGCCGGCGUCGCUUUUUAUAAUUUCUUUGUUUCCGCGGCUUUUCAAAGCUUCUGCAUUAAAAUGAGUUAUUUAAGCAACGGCGACACAGUUCAUGUGGAAGUUUGCCUACGAGGUAACGAUGCUCGCCCUAAUGCAAUUCGCACCAAUGUUGAGACCGCCCUAAUGACAUAUUUUCAGACGGCAAGAAAAUUGCCUAGAAAUGUGGCAUUCCUGCCGGAUCUCUCAGCUCAGCAAACUGAACAGGUGAAGUCUGUUCUCCUGGAGCGCGACAAUGGCGGGGUGCAGCCUCUAAAGGUCGCCGAGACCAAAUUUCGCUUCCAUUUCUAUGCCACUAGGCCGGAGGAAGGUCAACUUGGUCUGUUUUCGGGCGAAGAAGGCUCGGAUGGCAUCGAUAGCAUCGUUGCGGCCAGUCAUGCGCUUCUGCCAGCCGCUCAGUUUGUCGGUCUGUGGGAGAACCUCAUCUACGAGACAGGCCUCAAGGAAAAGCUUCUAAAGUUUGCUCUUUCGGCACUGAUGUUCUCUGAACACCGUGUGGACACGAAUGUGAUUGCCUGUAACCGACUGAUACUGCUCCACGGACCACCUGGAACAGGAAAGACGAGCCUUUGCAAGGCCCUGGCCCAGAAGUUGGCUAUCCGUACUCAAGGCAGCUAUGCUUACACCCACCUGGUGGAGAUAAACAGCCACAGCCUGUUCUCAAAGUGGUUCUCUGAGAGCGGCAAGCUAGUGGCGCAAUUGUUUGUCAAGAUUGCAGAGCUGAUCUCCGAUCCCAACAACCUGGUAUGCGUGCUGAUCGACGAGGUUGAGUCGCUGGCGUACGCCAGGAGUGCCAUGUCUAGUAAUGAACCAAGAGAUGCCAUGCGUGUGGUAAAUGCGGUGCUCACCCAGCUGGAUUCCAUUAAGGCUUGUCCCAACGUACUGAUCCUGGCCACAUCUAACCUGGCUCAGACCAUUGAUCUGGCCUUCGUGGAUCGCGCCGAUAUCCGACUCUUCAUUGGUUAUCCCGGCAUUUCCGCUAUCCGAGAAAUAUACAAGGGCAUGCUGUCUGAGCUAAUGUCGGCAGGAGUUGUGCAGCGCGAAGUUCUGGAGUCGGAGGACGCCGAGGAGGGUUUGCUGUCGCAAUUGGCUGAGCGCAGCGUUGGGCUAAGUGGCCGCACAUUGCGGAAGCUGCCGCUUUUGGCCCAUGCCCAGUACACCAGCGGCGCUCUGUUCGAGUUGAACCAGAAGAUCAGUCUAUCGGACUUCCUGGACGCCAUGUUGGAGGCCCUGGAGCAGCACUUGGCCGAGCAACGCCUACUGAAACUGGAGUCCAUGGAGCAGCUGUAAAGCAAGACCGAGGCACAGACUGAAAAAAUGAAAUUACUAAACCCACUCUAUGUUCAUCAAAUGCGAUACUUUGUAAACUUCAAUUUGCUGCUAUGAAAAACAAUCCGAUGCAGAGGCACGGGUCCAAUCCCCA